CCAAUCCCAUUUUCAAAUUCGUUGCGCCUAAUUACAAUCAUCUUCCAGAAUUCAUUCAAACCAUUCUGCGUUAGAUCGUCAAUGGCGGCGGAAACUUGCCGGACUGAGCUACGCGCCGCCGUCCGCCACCUCAGCGACCGAGGCCUCUACUCCGCUUCCAAAUGGGCUGCGGAGCAAUUGACGGGGAUAGAGCAAGAUCCUGCCAAGCACACCCCGUCGCACACUCGAUUCCACCGCGGAAGCUCCUCCAGUAUCCGCCGCCGCUUCCCCGCCACCCCUUCCGACUCGUCCGCCACUCCUUCCGCCGGCGUGCUCUACGUUUUGACGCCGUCGGUCGAGGAGGAGUACGAUGACUUCGAUCCGGUGGAUAAUGACUUCUAUUUGCUCGCAAAAUCGUAUUUCGACUGCAGGGAGUUUAGGCGUGCGGCUCACGUGCUCCGCGGCCAGACUGGGAAGAAAGCCGUCUUCCUCCGCUGCUAUUCACUUUAUCUGGCUGGAGAAAAGCGAAAGGAAGAAGAGAUGAUCGAGCUUGAGGGACCCCUAGGCAAGAGUGAAGCUGUCAACCGAGAACUAGCUUCUCUAGAACGGGAACUCUCAAUGUUCCGAAAUAACGGAACUAUUGAUCCUUUUGGCCUCUACAUAUACGGUCUCGUCCUCAAAGAGAAAGGCAACCAGAAUCUUGCAAGAUCCGUACUCGUAGAAUCCGUGAAUGCUUAUCCAUGGAACUGGAGCGCUUGGUCCGAGCUGCAAACGCUCUGCACUACAGUCGAAGCCCUGAACAGUCUAAACAUCAAUAAUCACUGGAUGAAAGACUUCUUCCUCGCGAGCGCGUACCAAGAACUCCGGCUGCACAACGAGUCCUUGGCGAAAUACGAAUAUCUACAAGGAACGUUCGCUUUCAGCAAUUACAUCCAAGCCCAGAUCGCCAAAGCUCAGUAUAACCUCCGGGAGUUCGAGCAGGUGGAAUUCAUAUUCGAAGAGCUUCUAAGAAACGAUCCGUACAGAAUCGACGACAUCGAUAUGUACUCCAACGUGCUUUAUGCCAAGGAGUGCGCCUCCGCUCUCAGCUGCCUCGCGCAUCGGGUGUUUUCGACGGAUAAAUACAGGCCCGAGUCCUGCUGUAUUAUUGGAAACUAUUACAGUCUUAAAGGGCAGCAUGAAAAGUCGGUUACAUACUUCCGGAGGGCUCUUAAACUGAACAAAAACUAUCUAUCGGCGUGGACUCUCAUGGGCCACGAGUACGUUGAGAUGAAGAACACUUCGGCUGCCAUUGACGCCUACAGACGAGCAGUUGAUAUAAAUUCUUGCGACUAUCGAGCGUGGUACGGAUUAGGACAAGCGUACGAGAUGAUGGGGAUGCCUUUCUACGCGCUUAUUUACUUCAAGAAGUCGGUUUUCUUACAGCCGAAUGAUUCUCGACUGUGGAUCGCAAUGGCUCAGUGUUUCGAAACCGAACAGAUUCAUAUGCUCGAGGAAGCCAUACAAUGUUAUAAAAGAGCGGCGGAUUGUAAUGACAGGGAAGCCAUCGCGCUGCAGCAACUGGCGAAGCUUCACUGCGAGCUCGGUCGGAUGGACGAGGCGGCGUCUUAUUACAAGAAGGAUUUGGAGAGAAUGGAAUCAGAGGAAAGGGAAGGUCCGAACAUGGUUGAGGCUCUGACGUUCCUCGCGCAGCAUUACAAGGCUCAGAAGAGAUUCGACGAAGCUGAAGUGUACUGCACCCGUCUUCUCGAUUACACCGGGCCGGAGAAGGAAGCUGCAAAGAGCCUUCUUCGAGGCAUUCAUCACGCGAGGGAUGAUGACGAUGACGACGAGCAUUUCCCUCCAUAAUUCGAAUGCUUUCAUUUGUUUUUGUUUUUGUUUUCUUUUCAUCGAAUAUUUACAGCAG